AUGGCCAGUCCAGAAGAUGUGAUCGAGCCGGCGGCUGUGAGCUCAGCUGCACAAAACCUGCACCGAAGGCGCUUCUCGCGUGACUUCCACGGUCUGGAUCCAGAUGAGUUAGAUGGCCUCUUGUCAACCAGCGAUGGCUAUCCUUUCCUCGUGGUUCAUCACCUCCCUGAAAUUAAAGAAAAAGGUGUACCCUACAUAAUACCUGGUACGCCCAUAACAUGCAGGGUGGACAACACGGAGAAAUACACCACUCGCUCAAAGGUUCGUGUAGGAACCCUGUACACGGUGCGCCUAACACACGGCCACUUCCACUGGAUCGUGAAGAGGAAGUACAAACACUUCCAGGAGCUGCACAGAGACCUUUACAAGCACAGGAUGAUGCUUCACCUGCUGCCUCUUGGAAGGUUUGCAAAGGACCGGCAGCAGCUGAGGACCAUGCCGGAGGAAAUGCCCAGCCUGCAGGGCACAGAACGGACCCGAAGAACCUCCAGCAAAGGGAAAUACCUUGAGGAGUACCUGAAUGGUAUACUUGAGAUUCCAUUGUGUCAAAAUGACCACAGCAUGCUGGAAUUCCUCUCCAUCGGUCCGCUCUCCUUUAUCACUGAUCUGGGACCCAAAGGCUUGGAGGGACCAAUCAUGAAGAGGUCGGGUGGUCACCGGAUCCAAGGCCUGAACUGCAUCGGCCACGACAGGUUCUGUUUCCGCUGGUCGCACCGCUGGCUGGUGGUGAAGGACUCCUUCCUCAUGUACAUGGGCCGAGACAACGCCAAGAUCAACUUCGUGCUGCUGUUUGAUCCAGAGCUCAAAGUGAAAGUGGGUCAUGCUGACACCGGCACCAAAUACGGAGUCUGCAUCGAGAACUUCACUCGGAGUUUGAUAAUUAAGUGCAGAAGCUACAGACAAAGCCACUGGUGGAGCCACGAAAUCAACCGGCUGGCAGAAACAUGCGACUUUCUCAAAGUUCAACGCUUUGGUGGAUUUGCUCCUCCUCGGGAGAACACGCUCACUAAAUGGUAUGUGAAUGGAAGUGGCUACUUUGCAGACCUGGCUGAUGCUCUUGAGAAUGCAAAGGAGGAGAUUUUCAUCACUGACUGGUGGCUCAGUCCUGAAGUUUUCCUAAAGAGGCCCGCAACUGAUAACCACUGGAGGCUGGAUGAGAUCCUUAAACGGAAAGCUAAACAAGGAGUCAAAAUAUGUGUCCUGCUGUACAAAGAGGUGGAGGUGGCCCUUGGAAUCAGUAGUGACUACAGCAAGAGGACUCUUAUGAACAUGGACUCAAACAUCAAGGUGAUGCGACAUCCUGACCAUGUGUCAUCUGUGGUGUUCUUCUGGGCUCACCAUGAAAAGAUGGUGGCUAUCGACCAAACCGUAGCCUUUGUCGGAGGGAUUGAUCUGGCGUUUGGGAGGUGGGACGACAGUCGGUACCGGCUAACAGACCUGGGUUCAACAGAGGAGUUGAAUGGUGUAACUGAGGAGCAGCCAAACAAAGACGUGACUGAUAACGGCACAGCUGAUGGUCCAAAACCAAAGAAUCAACAAGAACAGAGCCCAGUUAGUGGGGAUGGUAAUACUAAACUGUGGCUUGGCAAAGAUUACAGCAAUUUCAUCACAAGGGACUGGGUCCAACUGGACCGGCCAUUUGAAGAUAACAUUGACCGCACGAAAGUUCCUCGCAUGCCGUGGCGCGACCUGUCAGCAGCUGUUCAUGGCAAAGCUGCCAGGGAUGUGGCCCGACACUUCAUCCAACGCUGGAACUUCACUAAGAUCUUCAAAGUCAAGUACAGGGAUGACUUCUACCCUUACCUUCUCCCCAAGUCUCACGCCACUGCUGACUUACUGCCAUUCACUGUGCCCGGCUCCAACAAAGCCAAAGUUCAGGUGUUGCGCUCUGCUCAUUCGUGGUCCGCUGGAACAUUUGAAAAGUCGAUCCAGAACGCCUACAUAGACACCAUCAAGAACAGCGAGCACUACAUCUACAUCGAGAACCAGUUCUUCAUCAGCUGUGCUAAAGAGAAGGUGGUUGAAAACGGGAUCGGCGAUGCGAUUGUUGACCGAAUCCUCCGUGCUCACAGAGAACGGAAGAAGUUCAGGGUGUUUGUUGUGAUUCCUCUGCUUCCUGGUUUUGAGGGAGACAUUCGCACCGGAGGUGGAAAUGCCAUCCAAGCUAUUCUGCACUACACUUACAGGUGA